AUGAAAUGUAAUGAUGAUCUCGACAAAGCACCUUCUACCAUGCUUGACUGUGAAUCCGAUUUGACACAUCAUUACGAUCAUCCAUGCCUAUCAUCGUGGGAAGCACAAACGACAACUUCUCGCGGAAUCGUCCUCUUGCGGAUUGACUCAUUAAAAAACGAUGCACCAGGAUUCGCAGCUGCAUUAGUCCCUAUGCUACAACAUGGGGUCACAGACUUGCUCCGUCUUCGGGCGUCAAAACCAAGACAAAUGACCUUAGACCAAGCACCUGUCACACUCUUUUUGAAAACAAUCCUUUGGAUUCAUCUUAAUUGUACGACGAUAGACCCGACACUGGGCAAGGAAAUUGCAAGACACGGAUCGCACGUUCAGCUCGUCAAGCUCAUUCGGCAGGAUCCGUCUGUGCUGGUCCUGGACGAAGCCGAGCAAGAUUCCAUAAUGGAGCUGCAAGAGGUUUCUUGCCGGAUUGCGGCACUGGGCGUUUUCCCCGAACCUUGGAAUCCUUUCACGAUUGAGGACUUGCGGCACCGUCUACCGCUUGUCUUCCACGCCAAGCCAAUCCUUAGCGACUUCAUUGGUGUAAAAGCAGGGGAAAGUGUCCAUGUCAGCGUGACAAACGAGUCAAGGGAGUUGGCACCACAGACGGUCUUGAUUCACCAGAUCACAGAUCGGCAAUCGGCACAAGAAGACGUCGGAUUUGUGACGUGGCCGUCAGCCGUCACAUUGUCAAGGUGGCUAGUAGCAAAUCCAGACAUUUUACGGGGGAAAUCAAUAUUGGAGAUUGGCGCUGGCUGUGGUUUGACCGGCUUGGUUGCUGCACGAAUCGUCGUACACGAGGGACUAAAGCAGGUCGAGGAUCCUGUUCAGAGUUCCGCAUUGCGUGAACAGUUAUUGCCCCAAGGUGUACUCACUCUGACCGAUUUCAACACUCGCGUUCUUGCCAACCUUGAGCGGAACGUAGAGCUCAAUGGUGUGUCGUCUGUGUGCAAAGUCCAUGGACUGGACUUUUACCAACAAUCAGGUCAAUCCCACUCCUGGACUGAUACGAGGGGAAACGAACAAUCGCAGGUAGAUAUUAUUCUUGCAGCGGAUGUUAUAUGUCAGCCAAGCGACGCUAUUGCUACCGCCAAUACAAUUCACGACGCUCUUUGUCCUCAUGGACAGGCAUUUGUUGUAUGCGCUGACGCCACUCAUCGUUUCGGAGUCGAUUCAUUUCAAUCGGAAUGUACGCGUGUUGGUUUGACCGUUUCCAUUGUGAAGAUCAUCAUGAGCAAUUCUGAUCCAGAUCAUACAGCAGCGAAUGACUAUCAAGCAACAGCAGGGUAUGUGGAGGGUAUGAAAAUGACCAUGUUCCAUGUGAGGAAGAGUCUGCAAUGA